CCGUAAUAUAUCCAACAUAGAUCGGUGUUUCCUUCGUGUUUUUGUUCCUAUCCGAUCUAGGCCAUGUCACUCUUUACAAGUCCAUAUAAUAUGUGAUAUUACACAAUCGUUUGACGCGCAAUCUCCUUGUCAUCGCCAUUUCAUUCCUGCUCAUAUCAACCUACUGGCAGCCCAAGUCACUCUCUCCUACUUUCAGAUGCACAUAAAGGAGGUCCAUGUAUAAAUGGGACUCUGAGAUACAGAGUUGAUCCAACACCACCCGUUUCCACACCAUCCAAACGACCAUCCAUCACGCCCUGCAGUUCAUCUGAUAGCAAACACGAAGACAAUGGAUCGCAUUAGUAGUAGUGCCCACAAGAUCGAUGAAACAUUACCAUUGCUGGAAAAUGGUGAUGGAGCACCGAAAGCCUCAUUUAGGAGACCACGGCAUAGUAGAGCCACCUCGGCGGUCUCGAUUACCAGUAUAAACGUGCCCAAAGCCCGGGAUCCUGACACGAUCGUGGCCAUCGCUUGUGCUGUCAUCUUCGUCUUAUCGGGUUCCGGCGGCUUUUUUACUAUCCCCAUGACAAGGAUACUCGAGGAUAGGUUCUGUCGGGAGUAUUACGACAGCAUAAGCUCGAGCCCCGGGCCCAUCGAUGAAGAGCUAUGUAAGGUGGAUGUCGUGCAGUCGCGGCUGGCAUAUCUCUUUGCUUUGAACUCAUUCGUUGGGGCACUCUUGGGUUGCUUCGUCGCAAUGCCAUGGGGCUUAGUUGCAGAUCGACUUGGCCGACGGCCCGUAUUCGUGCUCGGUCUGAUCGGCAUGACCCUAGAAACGAUCUGGCAGAUUGCGGUGGGUUGGUUCGGCGAUGCUCUACCCAUUCGACUUUACUGUCUCGGGCCCCUCGCAAUAAUCAUCGGCGGAGGCAACGCAGUGUUGAAUGGCACCAUGUGUAGCUUGAUGUCAGACGUUCUACCCGAAGCAGACAGGGCUAUCGGAUUCAUGCGGGUUCACAUCGCAAGUAUGCUCGGGAACCUCUGCUCUCCCAUGAUUUCCUCAGUCAUGAUGCCGCGGGUAGGUCCCUGGCCAUUGCUGUGGCUAUCCGUGGUUCUCGGUACCCUGCCAGCUGCUGGCAUCUUAUUUGUGCCAGAAACUCUCACUACCAAGGCAGCAGCCACGGAAGACCACGGCGACCUGCGUCCAGACUUACAGUUCAGUGCACGCUUGUCUCGUUCGCUGGUUGAACUGAGAGAUUCGCUCUCGAUGCUAAAGAACCUGUCCGUCAUUCUACUUUUGUUUGGGUCCAUCACUCUCACGCCAGUCAUACUGUGCACACUACAGUUCCUUUCGCAGUACGUCUCAAAGCGUUAUCAUGUAAAGCUGGCCUAUACGGGUUACGUUCAGGGCGCAUACGGAGGGGCACACAUUCUCUUUAUUCUCUUCAUCAUCCCCUACGCAUCCAAGCUGGUCUUGCGAUCGAACAGUCCCAAAUGGAUUCGCAUGGCCAACGAGCAGCAGCGGGAUCUUGCAUUCUUAAAGGGGUCCUUCGUGGCGGUUGUCCUGGGUACCUUCGUGAUGAGUGUUUCUCCCUCGUUGCCGGUCUUUGUUUGUGGACUCUUCGUUCUGGCCCUGGGAUCAGGCGCGGGGAGCUACAUUCCAAGCACACUGGCUUUUUAUAUCGACAAGGAGCACCGGACUCGUAUGUUCAGCCUGGUGGGCAUCGUUCAGGUCAUGGGAAGUCUUUACGCUGAGCCUAUGUUGGCUGGUUUGUUCACCCUCGGCAUGCGGAUAGGAGGUAUUUGGAUUGGAUUACCUUAUCUGGGUGUUGCGGUGCUUUGUGGUGUAGCGUUCUUACUGCUUAGAUUUGUACGGCUACCACGAGAGUGUGACCGUGGUAACAGCGAAUACCACCGCACCGCCAGUGAUGAGAUUGUACCAUAGAAUUCGUGUAAAUUACGUUUGAUAUAUAUGAUAGCCAUAGG